AUGACUUGGACUAAGAUAACGAUUGCUUCCAAUCGACAUGAGAUGUGGAUAAGUGGAUGUCAAGCUAUUUUCGCAGGAUUCGUUUCAAGUGCCAUUGAGACUGGAGUACCUCCUGCUAUCAAAGACUUUUGGACAACUGAUCAAGCUAUACUACUAGAGGCAACUUUGAUGGAAAUCUUGCAUUCAGAUCUCAUGAAACUAGCUUCAGCCAGAUACUGCGAUCCUCUCGGGAAAGAGAAUGAUAAGCUGGCCUUACAAAUGAUCUUGUAUGAUAUCUUAUCUUCGACGCAUAAUAAAUACACGAAGCCUAUUUCCUGCCCCGCCAAUAUCGUGGAAUCCAUAGAUCAAAGAUGGGCUAUGACCAAAGCAGGAAGAGAAACAUUCAGGCUCAGACUGGAUUUACCGAAGAGAUCUGACUUCAGCGCAUAG